GUAUCUCAGCGAUCAGGAUUAACAACGGGUCUCUUAACAUUGAUAAAAAGAGAAACCGAUGGAGAGGCAAUAAGGAAUAAAAAUAUAGAAGAAUAUUUUUUCUCAACAAUCAAUUCCUCGAGACCACAACCAGACUUUACCACCUGA